AUGAGAAAUCAUGUACUAGCUGCAUCCUUUUCUAUGCUCUCCCUGCUGGCACUAAUGGGAGAUACAGACAGCAAAACGGACAGCUCCUUCAUGAUGGACUCAGACCCUCGGCGUUGCAUGAGGCACCACUAUGUCGAUUCUAUCAGUCACCCACUGUACAAGUGUAGCUCAAAGAUGGUGCUUCUGGCCAGGUGUGAAGGACACUGCAGCCAGGCAUCACGCUCUGAGCCCUUGGUGUCCUUCAGCACUGUCCUCAAGCAGCCCUUCCGCUCUUCCUGUCACUGCUGCCGUCCCCAGACCUCCAAGCUGAAAGCAUUGAGGCUGCGCUGCUCAGGGGGCAUGCGACUCACGGCCACCUACCGGUACAUCCUCUCCUGUCACUGCGAGGAAUGUGGCUCCUGA